UAGUUUGUUUGUUGACAGUUGAAUUCGUUUUUGAACUUUGCUGUUUUCUAUUCGUUCUGUUUCAAUUUUAAUAAUUUGAAAUGCUUCCAUAUAAGUAUUUUAGAGUUUAAAAAUAAUUAAAUCAUUUUUAAGAAAGAAACAGUUUAAUCUCCUUAAACAUAAGGUAUCUCCUGAAAGUGAACGAAUAAGGAAAAGCUGAAAAAUGUCGACGUCAAGUCAAAAUAACGGAAGAAAGAGUUCAAACAGCUCUAUUGUCAACACACCCUCCAGUACGCCCCUCACAAAUGCUGCUAAUGGAAAUUCGCAAGUUAGCACACAAAGUUCUCCACCACCUAAUAACAAUGCUCCUAAAUAUGGGACUCUAGUUCCAAACCGAAUAUUUGUUGGUGGAAUUACGGCCAAUACCACCGAAGGUGAUUUAAUGCAGCUCUUCAGUAGCUAUGGAACUGUAAAGGCAGCAAAAAUAAUACAGGAUAGAGCUGGCGUUUCAAAGGGAUAUGGUUUUAUAACGUUUGAAAGUGAAGAUGACGCCAAGAGACCAUUAAAGGAAGCUGAUAACAUUGUUUUCAAAGAAAGGAAGUUGAACAUAGCACCAGCUAUCAAAAAACAGCCAUUCAGUCGGGCAUUUGAUGCAUCCAGUCCACCAAAUGUAGCAGCUGGAAACCCUGCACAUUUUUUUUUCCCACCCGGAGCUGCGAUGCCAUAUUUUCAAGGGGGUGUUGCCUAUUAUCCACAACCUCCACCUGCUGCUCCUGGAGACCCAAAUGCCCAGCAACAAGUUUACCAACCUCCCACUGUGUACCCCACUCAGGCAGGCCCUCCUCAAACGGCCACCUAUCCUUCUAUGAUGUUCCCCGCACAGCCAAUUUACAUGCCGCAACAGUAUCCUAUGCCCAUACCGUAUGACUACAACUUCUACCAGACAAAUGGAGCUCCGCCCUCCGCACAGUAUAUUGUUGGAGGCCAGGGUGGCCCCGGAGGACCACAAUGUGGCCCAAUCGCGCCUUCCAAUAGUCCCCCAAGGCCACCUUGUUAUAGCCAACAGAUGCCAGCCUAUAAUCCAGCAGAUCCCAUGUUCUACAACAUACCCGUCUAUGGUCCCACAAUGGAGGGACCACCUGUUUACACCGAGGCCUUCGACUUGGGAAAUGGUGGACCAUACGCAGAGGUGCAUAUGUCGGCAACUCAGACCUUCGUACCGCAAGCUAGGCGCAAUAAGAGAUCUGUUAGACGUAGCGGCACCGGCGGAUUGAACGAAAUUGGCGCUGGCGACGCCCCCCUUCCCACUGAAGUCGGCGGUGAGGUGUGCAAGAAAUUGGAGACGCUCAAGUUGUAGUAGGUGGGAGAAAGUCAUUAUUAUGUAUAUUUUUUUCUAUUUAUUUAAGACUGUACAAUAACUGUAACAUAUUAUAAAUUUAAUGUAGACCUAUGAGAGGGAUAUUAAUAUAAUAUAUAUUUAUUGAAAAAUG